AUGUUAUUUGAAAAUUUAAAUAAUUUCUCAUUGAAAAAUAAUAAAAAUAUAAAUCAAAAUAUUAAAAUGUCUUGUAUUAAAAAUGAAAAAUAUAAUGAUUUAAGAAUAUGUAUGAUGGUUCAUCCAGUGGCUCCAGUAAAAACUCAAAGAUUUGUUCGUGUGGAAUAUUACCCAUAA